GUAGUUAAUAUGAUCUGACAUGUGAGCUAAAUUCUAACCUUACUGUAAAAAUAUAAAUUGUUUUAUAAUAACUAUAAAAAUAGAAUUUUGUAUUUUGAAACUAUGUAAAGCUUUUUGCAGUCAAAAAACUUAUAAGAAUAUCCUCUUUGCACCAUUAUAAAUCAAUAGCAAUGUCUUGUAAACGUGCAACGUUUAUAAGACAUAUUUCUAGGAAUAACCAUUUAGGACAAAAUUAUUUUAAUAAAUAUGUAAAUGAUAAUUUCCAAAGAAGAAAGAAAUUCGAUUUUAAUCUAGGUGAUCACAGAAAUUAUCAUUCAUCAAGAGAACCAAGAUCGACCAUUGUGAAACUCACACCGCAAGAAGUAGACAAUAUAUUACGUGCCAAUGAAUAUACUCAUGACUUCAGUGAGGGAUCUGUUAAAUCUUAUGACUCAAAUCAGUUAGCCUCCAAUAAUCCAAUUGAAGACACAAGAUCAGAAGCUUCAUGUCUGUUGACAUCUGGUUUUUUAGUUGGAGUUUUCGAUGGUCAUGGAGGUGGUUCCUGUGCUCAAGUAGUAGCUAAAAGACUAUACCCUUAUAUUACUGCUUGUCUCCUCCCACAAGAUCAAUUGUUAAAUUAUAUUUCCUCACACAAAUCAGCUUCAGAUUCUAUAAAAUUAUUUAAGGCCUAUAAUAAUAAGGUUCAGUUAGUAGAUGAUGUUCGUGAUAUUUACAGAAAAAGCUUUAAAAGGUUUCUGGAUAAUCUAGUCAAGGGUGAUUAUAGAGAGGGUUUUGAUAUGGACACUGCCUUAGUGAAAGCCUUCAUGAGCUUAGAUGAUGAUCUUUCAAGAGAAGGUUUGCCUGACAAAGAUGGCAAAUUCAACAGAAAGACACUUUCAGUUGCAAUGUCCGGUUGUGUAUCUUGUGUUGCUCAUAUUGAUGGUCCCCAUUUACAUAUUGCCAAUGUUGGAGAUUGCAGUGCCGUCUUAGGUUCUUUGUCAGAAACAAAUACAUGGACUGCCAAAAAACUCACGGAUGAACAUAAUAUCGAAAAUCAUGCCGAAGUUCAAAGAAUUCUUUCCGAACAUCCUCCAAGUGAAAAAAAUACAGUUAUUCGAAUUGGGAGACUUUUAGGUCAAUUGGCUCCACUUCGAGCCAUGGGAGAUUUUAGGUUCAAAUGGAGCAAGCAAAUAAUGUCUCAAUAUGUGGCCAAACAUUUCGGCCCUAACGUAAUACCUCAAAACUACUUCACUCCUCCCUAUCUCACGGCUAGGCCUGACAUCGUGCAUCAUCGGCUAACACCAAGAGAUAAGUUUUUGAUAAUUGCCACCGAUGGACUUUGGGAUAUGGUUUCACCCCUUCAAACGGUGCGUCUAGUAGGUGAACACAUGAAAGGGAAGGUAACAUUGAGCCCUCUCAAAUUGCCACAAAAAAACAUGAAAUUGGGAGAGAUCAACGAGAUACUUCUACAGCGAAAAGAAGGGAUGAAAACCAAACCUAGGGACUCUAACGCAGCAACUCAUCUUAUAAGGAACGCUUUAGGCGGUACAGACUAUGGAAUCGAUCAUAAUAAAUUGUCCCAGCUACUAAGUUUACCCGACGAUGUUGUCAGAGUUUUUAGAGACGAUAUUACUAUCACUGUUGUAUAUUUCGAUUCGGAAUUUUUGAGACACUGCCCGGUUUAGUUCUUAAACAUUUAGAAAUAUUUGGAAGAUGUUCUUUUAUGUGUUGGUUGAUUGCCAUUUUUUGGGUUCGAUCAGAAGUUGAAUUGAGACGUUCAGUUCAUGGGGAAUUACAUGCAAAAUCUUUGCAAAUUUUUUGUGAAAAUGUCGAAAUAUGUGAUGGUUAGAAUAUUGAACAUCUUGAAUUGAAUUUAACAAAACGCUUGAUUGGCAAUAUUGACUGAUGGUAAAGACACUUUUAUACUUUUUAAACAAAAGUCUCGAAAGAAUUUUUCCAUUUUCAAAUAUUGAACAAUUCAAUGAAAUGGUUCAUUCAAAUUAUAUGAUGUUCAUUCAAAUUGAUGAUGUAAAUGUACAUCAUCAAGGGACUGAAAUGCUAAAGAAAAUUGAAUCGUUUUAUUUAAAUUAUUAUCGCCUAAAAAGAUUCAAUGUAAUAGAACAUAUUAUAUUAAUUUUUUACAUUUCAAUGUAAUAUUGAUACAAUAUUGCAGAUAUUGUGAAAAUUGUAUGGAAUAUAUUGUUUUAUUCCAUUAUACGAUGGAUUUCCAUGAAACAAUUAAGUCUCCCGAAAAAACUAUUUACAUUUUCUUCACACCAUCCUGUAUUUCUUGAUUAUACUUUUGGUAAUAGCAUCCCUAAUAACAAUAAUUUGUUGAACCCUGUAACUCCCAUGGAAAAGAUUGAAAGUUGAUUGUGACGCUGGAACCGAAUAGAAUUUAACUAUGUACAAGGUCAAUUAGUGAAAGAUUUAAUCUCCUCCGUUAGAUUUUGAUCUAGCCAGGAGUAUUUUUCAAGUUGUGCAAUAUAGUUGUAGAUAAUUUGGAUUAUAAUAGAAAUUUUGAAAAAUGUGAUAAUGCGGUGGUUAACAUAAAGAAAAGAAUUUGAAAGUGAGAUGGUAAUGUGAAAGCAAGUAAGGCUAGGUGUAAAUAUUUUGUCCAGUGAUCAGGUUGUGUUCAUGUGCUUCCUAAAAUUGCACAAAUAUUUCGGAACUUUACAAUGAUAUGCUCAUACAUUGUACAUACUUCAGCUUUUAGCUGUUCUAUUUAUUAAUUAGAUUAUAUCUUCUUUAUUGAAGUUAAUAAAACCCCAACUUGUUA